AGGAAGGGUGGAUAAUGUAAAAAGCUGUCAAAUGACUUUUUUACCCUUGUGCAGUCUCAUACUUAAUUAUGUAUUACGUUAUAUGUAUAAUUACAAAUAUAAUUAAUCUUUCAAACUUUAAUCCAUAAUAUAUAUUUUUACUAAAAAAUUUAAUAAUUUAAUAAUAUUAUAAAAUAAAAAGUCAGUUUUAAUUUGAUAAAAAUCGUUUUUUGCAAAUAAAAAUUCUGUUUAUUUUUUUUGUUGCAAAAAUACAUUGUUUGGUAGUUGAAAAAGUGUGCAACAAUUUUGUUAGGUGAAUUUGCAUGUGGCCAACAUAUUUUUUUGGUGAAAAUGUGCCUAACUAAUAUAAUAAGAAUUAUAUAAAAUAAAUAAAAUAUUUACAUUUCGUUUUUAAGUGCUUUAUUAUAUUUAUGAGAAAUAUUUUUAUACUUGAUGAAAUUUUAAAAUGUUAAAAUACGUACCGAUUAUUUGGAUAAAAUAAAAUAAGUUUUCUUUAAAAUGUUUGAACUGGUUAUUUGUUGAAAAUGUUGAAUAAAAAUAGUUAAUAAUGUUUAAAGUACGAAAUUUUUUCUUUUUUUUAAAAUGUGUAAUAGAACCGAAAUUUUAUGCAUUUUUUAAAAAACCAAAAUUUAUAAAAAUGAAUGGGGAGUAGAUGGUGGUUGGAAACAUGUGGGUGUUAGUUGAAUUCAUGUGAGUAGUAGGUUCAACAAAUUAAUUAUAUCAAAGUUUCUAUAAAUAGCACUCAUUUUCCAUAUCUCAUCUCACAUCUCAUAUUCAUUUCCUAAUUUCGUAAAUUUAUUUUCUUCAUCAUUUCAAUGGCACGCCGGGCUUGGAGCGAGGAGGAGGAGGAUGCAUUGUUAACAAACCUUACGAGCCUUGUAGAUCAGGGGGUUUGGCGAACCGACAACGGAGGGUUUCGCCCUUCCUACUUGGGAGUUCUUAAAAAUGAGAUGCGAGUUUCUUUCCCUCAAGCAGGUAUAAACGAAAUUCAUAUUGAAGGAAGGAUCAAGAAAUGGAAGAGUGAUUAUCGUAUACUAGACGCUAUGCUUAGGCGUCCUGGGUUCGGGUGGAAUCCAAAUGAAAACAAGCUAGUGGUGGCAAAUGAAAUUUGGAAUGAAUUUGUCCAAGAUCAACGACAUCUGAGACAUUUACGAGACAGGCAAUUUCCCCAUUUUAAUCGAUGGGCCUAUUGCUUUGUUUCCGAGGAGAACUAGAAGUUCGAAGUUUAAGGCGGCCAUUGGAAGAAUAAAUUGAAGUUAUGAUAAUAAAUGUGUUGACGAAUAAAUCAAUGGGCUUCCUAAUUUGUUUUAUGUAUGGAUGUGAGAGGGUGUACUUCUGUUGGGGCUCUGUAUUGUACUAUUGUUUUGCAGUGAAAUUUUGAACCAUCAAAUAAUUUAUAUCUU